AUGGCAGAAAAGGUUAGAUAUUACUUGGAACAGUCUGUUCCUGAAUUGGAAGAUCUUAAAUCAAAGGGUCUUUUUGAUAAAAAUGAAAUCACGAUGAUCAUGAGAAGACGUACAGAUUUUGAACAUCGAAUUACUGGACGUGGAUGUAAACCAAAAGAUUUCCUUAGAUACAGUGAAUUUGAAUCAAACCUUGAGAAAUUACGUAAAAAGAGAUAUAACAGAUUGAGUAAAGUAGGUUUGAUUGAUACCAAGCCAAGUAUAAGUGAUUGGGCUGGAACUCGUCGAAUCAUGUUCAUAUUGGACCGUUCAACAAGAAGAUACCCUGGGGAAACUGACUUAUGGUCACAAUAUUUGAAAUUUGCCAAACAAAAUGGAGCCAUUAAAGUGAUAUAUAAAGUGUAUUCCAGAUUAUUACAAUUACAACCUAGAAACAUCGAUGCCUGGCUCUCUGCUGCCAAAUACGAAUUUGAAACAAAUGGUAAUGCCAAGGGUGCUAGAGUUUUAUUCCAGAAAGGUUUGAGGAUCAAUCCAGAGUCGACAGAGUUAUGGUUGAAUUAUGCUCAAUUUGAGUUGACAUAUAUUUCAAAAUUAUUAGCCAGAAGAAAAGUUUUGGGGUUGCUUACCGAAAAGCAACAACGAGAUGCUAUGGAAAGUGAAGAAUCUAAAAGGGUUGAAGCACUUAAGAAGGAUAAGAGUAAUGGCGAUGAUGUUGAAGGGGCUGAUGAUGAGUUUGCCAAUGAUAAAAUAGAAUUACCAAGUACUGAAGAAAUUAAGGAUGAAUUGAACCAUUUACCAGAAGCUGAUAUGAACAUGUUGGGUAAUCCAGAAACCAAUCCUGCAUUGAAGGGAGACGUUGUGUUGACUAUCUUUGACUUGUGUAUUCCAGCAAUUCUUAAAUCCUUACCUAAACAUUCCACCGUGAUCAAACCAGAUGAUAAAGUGUUUGAAAUUGUGGGAAAAUUCUUGAAUUUGAUUGACAAAUUUACUGAUUUGAAUAGAGAAUACUUGUACUUGCACAUUUUGAAUUACCUUCAAAAAGAAUAUUCCGACGAUUUGAGAACUACACUCAUUGAUAUAACCUUACCUAUUAGAGGAAUCACAGCUGCUACAGAUGGUUUAUCUUCCAGCUUACAAUUGUCGGUGAACAAAUUCAUUGCUUAUAAACGUAAAUUAAAGGACGCUGCACAAAGAGAUACAUUAACUAACAUGUUUGUUAACCAACUUAACAGUCAGUUCUUCAACGAUAACAACGAGCCACCAUCAGAAAAGGUUGAUACUUUAUUGAAAGCGAUCAUCAAGAAAUGUCGCACGAUCUAA